UAGUACUAUGGGGUUAAAUUUUGAUACAUUCCAAGAAAGGAUUUCCGAUUCAGAAGAUGAUAUACCUCUGAUUGCUAUCGGUUCAAGAAAGAUAAAGAAAAAUACAAAAACAAUAAAAAAAAGGAGAAAUAAAGAUUGUAAAGAUAAAGUGGAUGCAAAAGAAAUUGAAUUAACUGAAGAGGAACAAAGACUGGAAUUACUUGAGCGAGCAACUUCGGAUAAUUAUUUAAAAUCUCCAUACAAAUGUGAGAAAUGUUACAAAGGUUUUGUUGAUCCACAGGCUUUUACUAAUCAUAUGGAGAAACAUGAAAAAAGUAGUGGCCCAUAUGAAUGUAUAAUUUGUAAACUUAGAUAUACAAGUAGUAGACAGUUGCGAGCACAUGUUGCCUCUGCACAUGCACGUCGGUAUUCCUGUACAAAAUGCCCUCAUCGUUCCCAUACGAGACAUCAAGCCAGAGAUCAUGAGAAAUGGCACAACGGAUAUACAUAUCCUUGUAGGAUAUGCGGACAGAAGUUUCAAAAACCUACAUCUUUUUUAACUCAUAUGCGUAAGAAUCAUUCAGAACAUGUUUGUGUGAGAUGUGGUGAUAGUUUUGUUGGAAGACAUGGACUUUUGAUGCACAUCAGUAAAACACAUAGACGUGAACAGGAGAAAGAGAAUUCUGAAGAUUCAGCAGCAGAAAGAUUCUGUUCUGAUUGCAACAUACAGUUUUUAAAUUUAAAUGCAUGGAAGAAACAUGUAUUGACGUCAUACAAACAUACAAUGAGAAAUGAUAACAGUAAUUGUAAUAUUUGCGGUGUAGCUGUGACGUCAGAGAAUCGAGGUUCACAUAUGCGUAACCAUAUGAGGGAGCUUCGCCCCUCAGUACCAGCACCCGAAGUCCCCGCAACACCAGCACUGCAAUGCUCACAGUGCGAAGGUCAAUUUAUAUCUCGAUCCAGACUUCAAGCUCACGUGAGACGUGUUCAUCUCGGACUCAAGUACGAUAAGAAUGUUGUCUGUGAGAUGUGCGGCAAGAAAUGUACCUCAGCAGCAGGUCUUCGUUACCACCAGCGAGUACACACUGGUGAGAGGCCAUACUCAUGCGCACUCUGUCCUGCGCGCUUCGCACAUCGCGCACGACUGCGUGUACAUGCGCGUACACAUUCCGGCGACAGACCUUACGCAUGUCAUACAUGUGAUAAACGAUUCACGCAAAAACCAGCACUCAAUAGACAUUAUAGAGUCCAUUCAGGUGCGAGACCGUACGCUUGUACGCAAUGUACAAAAUGUUUUAGUCAAUCCAACUCUCUCAAGUUACAUGUACGUACUGUACACCUCAAGUUGCCACACGUCAGGAAGAAAGAUAACGGCCAGCAAUAAAUUGUAU